AUGUCAGAGGAAGCUUUUAAAGUUAAAGUUUAUGUCUAUGAUUUAACACAUGGAUUGGCUGCCUUAUAUUCGCCUAUGAUAUUAGGAACAACGAUCGAUGCCAUAUACCACACACUGGUGGUAGUUUACAACAAAGAGUAUUACAUUGAUCAAGGAAUUAAAGUUACUUCACAGCCAGGCUCAACGAAAUAUGGAAUCCCUAAGGAAGUAUUAGACCUCGGGGAAACUUAUAUUACUGAAGAUAUCCUUGACGAGUUCUUGCAAGAAUUGAAAGAUCGAGAAGAUCAGAAGUACCACGCCUCGAAUUAUGAUUUAUUUGAAAAUAACUGUAAUCACUUUACAGACGUCGUUCUUGAAUUCUUGGUAGGAAAAAACCUUGAAGACAGAAUAUUAAAUCUUCCUCAACAGGUAUUACUGACGCCAAGAGGACAGAUGUUGCACCAGUUAAUAGGAAACGGUGCUCUAAUAUAG